AUGAGCACAAUUCAUCCCCCUCCGACAUCCAGCCAAAGAAGAGCCAAUUUUGGGGUCACACCUUUGGGCCUCGUGGGACGCUCUGUAACUGCAUGUGGAGGGAAACAUAUGGAGACGGUGCCAUGGGAGAGGAGGCUGAGGUUGUGGCAGGGCAUCAGGGGCAUCAGGGCUCUGUGUGUACGAGGAGGAGCGGAGGAGAUGCUGCAGAGAGGGCAAGGCCUAACACUUCAGACAGCACUCCUCAUCAGCUUCAAACACAUACCAGCCCCUAACAUUAAAGACACAGCUCCAAUGAUCAAAUACAAGUGGGGAGGAGGUGUUAACUAG